AUGCAAGCCAUAAAAUGUGUAGUAGUAGGCGACGGAGCAGUAGGAAAAACCAGUAUGCUAAUAAGUUACACGACGAAUGCCUUUCCUGGUGAAUACGUACCAACAGUAUUUGACAAUUACUCAGCGAAACCAAUGGUUGACGGGAAGCCCAUAAACCUGGGACUAUGGGACACAGCAGGCCAAGAAGACUACGACCGACUCCGUCCCCUGUCGUAUCCACAGACGGACGUUUUUAUAAUUUGUUUCUCGUUGGUAUGUCCAACGUCGUUUGAUAACGUAUUGAGUAAAUGGCUACCGGAGCUUAGUCAUUAUUCGCCGAAUGUACCGACUAUUUUGGUGGGCACGAAGCUGGAUCUGCGUGAGGAUAGGGAAACCAUUCUCAAGUUGCGACAGGAGGGUGGGGUGCCAAUCACGUAUGCACGGGGUGUACAGAUGGCAAAAGAUAUUUGCGCUGUAAAGUAUUUGGAGUGCUCAGCAUUAACGCAGAAAGGUUUAAACAAUGUGUUUGAUGAGGCGGUUCGUGCGGGACUUAGUACGCUUCCUAAACCACAACCAAAGUGCAAAUUAUGUACUAUAUUGUAA